AUGCAGUUUCCCAUGGGCCCUGCCUGCAUCUCUCUGAGGAGGGGCAUCGCUAAGAAGCAACGGGAAAGACCCCUGGGACAAGAUGAAAUUGAAGAGCUCUGGGCAUCAUUUCUUGAGUUUGACAAGGACUGUGAUGGGCUCAUCUCUUACAAGGACUUGGGGAAUAUCAUGAGGACCAUGGGUUACAUGCCCACAGAGAUGGAGCUGACUGAACUGGGUCAGCAAAUCCGCAUGAACUGUGAGACCAGGGUGGACUUUGAGGACUUUGUGGAAUUGAUGACCCCUAACUUGCUUGCAGAGACAGCUGGGAUGAUUGGCAUCCAGAAGAUUCCAGAUGCCUUCAGGGAGGUGAAUUGA